AUGGGAUGCUGCAGCCUGAGCGCCAGGCAGGCUGGGUCUGCAGGAACAGGCCAGGAUGAGGUGGAGCUACUGAAGACAGUCAGGACCAGAAAGUGGUCCAACUCAGAAGGCCAGAGUGAGGCAUCCCUCCAUCCUAAGGACCCUGCAAUCCUGGCAGAAACAGAAGAUACAGAAGUACUGUGGGGAAGAACGCGGGAGGAGCUAGUGGACUUGUUGAUCACACAGCCUAUCAGCGGCUGGGAAGGGAUGAAUAUCCACUCUCUUGGGGAAAUUAUUUGGUCCUCCCUGGUUUUUCUGAGAAGUUAUUGCAUGGAGGAGAUGUGUGAAUGCUACCUUGUGCUGUCCUCCUUCCACUUGCUGAUUCUUUCAGUGGAUCGUACAAAGAAGGCAUUUGUUUAUGAGGGUCUCCUUCCUCUUGCUGGGAUGCGUCUGAGAGAGAUUGCGAGUGCAAUCAGCCACACAUUUGAAAUUUCUGGGUCCAUGAUAGAAUCCAGGCUCAUCUGCUGCCAGAAUUCAGCUGACUUCAACAUGUGGGUUCACCACCUCCAGCACCAAAUCAAGAUGGCAAACGCUCACUGCCCAGCCUGUCCCAACAAUAAUAUCUCUUUUCUGGUGCCGUGUGACGAACAGUGGAAGAAAAGGGAGCUGAUGAGACAUCUGCUGUGUAACACCAUUCUGAAGUGGGAAGGACAACCUAUUCAGCAUCUGGGAAGGAUACAGUAUUUGACCACGGUGCAAGUGGCUAGUGGCUGCAUGGGGGACUCUGAGGAAAGACUGCUGAUCCUGUUUCCAGAAGAUCUGCUUUUCCUCUCUGUGGAUGAGGACAGAACUGCAAUCACGUACAAGGGAAAACUCCCCCUAACUGGAAUCCAGGCAAAGGAGAAAUCUGCUAUGCUGGGCAGGUUACAGUUUGAAAUUACAGGAAGCCUGACAGAACCAAUCCUUAUCACCUGUUCCACAGCAGAGGACUAUGAAAAAUGCGUCUUCUACCUACAGAAGAAGGCAAACUUUGAGAACACAGAUCCAGAUCAGAAGCACAAAACGCUAAAUGGCAACACUGGAUGUGGCAUCAGGAAAUCAACGUACAUUACUCGGAGAAAAGCUGCCAAAGUUGGUUCUGACUUCAGAGCUAGGUCACUGGAAGAUCCCAGAACUCGCAGCAAUCGGAGGUUCCCCUCCUGA